CAAUUCUGUACUUUCUGCUGCGCCGGCGUAUUGAUCUGGUUAAAUUGUCGUUGUUACGCUGUCACGUUCCACGUGCAAAAUGUCAACAAGCUUGUGCGGGAAAACCCACGGCCAACGGAGACAUAUGAGCUAGUAACGUUAGUGAUCUUUUUUUACAAUGGCCGAUAUUUUAACGCUUGUGUUUAAAUCAUUCAUUACGCGGGGAUCGAAACAAUUCAACGUCCUGCUCCCAUCAGCAUGCAGCACGUUGGUAAUCGGUGAUAAAAACAUUAGCCGCUCGCUUCUUCUUUUCGCGGCUGUGAAAGCUGCCAGUGAAAUGGGGAUGAAAGUUUUGUUUCUGACCCAGACUCAAAUAAAGAGCCUUCCAGCGUCUUUACAACAUUGCAUGUCCAGUCUGAGUCCGGACAAUUUAAAGAAUAUCAAGUUUGUGUAUCCCAGGACAGUGGAGGAGUUACUGCAGGAAGUGGCCAGCCUGCAUGAGUCCACAGCCCCUCCAUCCCUGGUCAUCGUAGAUGGACUGGAGGGUUACCUGGCCUGUCCUGGGCGGAGCCAUGGAGGGCAGCUGGGACAGCAGUCCUCAGCUGCCCAUGUCUCUGCACUGCUGUAUGACACGGCUGCCUUCCUCACACAGACCCUGGAGAAGAGAGUCUCCAGCCUGGACCCGUGCCGGGUCAUUGUGUCCUUCCAGUCUGACUGGGAGGGCCAUGCGGCUGGGGAUCCCUCUGGUGUGGACCCUGUCCUGCAGGUCUUGGACCGCUACUUCCAGGUGCGCUGCACCCUGGACCAGGAUAGAGGCUCUAAGCCUACUGCGGAUGGGUCUCUGGACUUGUGGCGUGUUUACCUCUCAGGUUCGGGCAUCACUAACGCCACGACUGGUGGAUGUGAGGACCUUGGCGUAGCUCGAGAGUGGAGGAUGAACGUUCAGCCCAAUGGUUCGUUGGAGUUUUCGUUGGUUUAAAACGCAGUCCAGCAAUGGAUGAGCCUGGAUGUUCUGAUCUGAGGGAUUUGUGUCACUGUUUAGAAUACUACUGUGUUUUGACUGGUUAUUGUGAACUGUAGCCUUUUCAAAAGCUCUGCCAGAUAAGUUUGUAUUUUUGGGGGGAAUGUGCUUUCUGUGUGAACUGACAUGACUCGUGGGCACAAUGGGACCUGAUAACACUAAUCUCCUCUCCUGCUCUGUCUUUAUCUCACCCAUAUUUCGUUGUGACCUUACAUUCACUCAGUCUGUCUGUCUCUUGGCAUGGCUGUCAAAGCAUUCUGCCUGUCUGUUCUGCAACAGUACCUUUUUGUCCUCUCAAACUGCUGUACAGACCACAAGGCGUACUGGUAAAACAUAAUCAAUUUAAUCAGAUAAAACGAGGAAAAAGGGAAUGAGAUAUGAUCAAACAAUUGUGAUCCCAACGUUUUAUACACUUUAAAAUGGAGGUUAUCAUCACAGUAAUGUUGUGACAUUGUGAUUAAGAUAUCAUUUACCGGCUUGGACUUGAAAUAAUAAAUAUGAGCCAGAAAGCAAAACACAACAUUGUAUUCUCAAGAGACAUUUGGUAUAUAUAUCUUUUUUUAAUGAUGACCAUUAACAUAAGUGCAUAUGCAAUUUUUGAAAUGUAGUUACUUUGUUGCUCUACCGAUGCUGGCCGACUGAUCCAGGGAUUGUAUCUGCUCUUAUCAGGACUCUACCUCAGCAAGCCAACAUAUAGGUCACUCAAAUAAGAAACCUCUUACUUAUUUUUGGCCUGAUUCUAAUGAGCUUAUUUAUUAUAUUUAGUCAUUUAGCAUUUUAUUAAUGAACUUAAUACAAUAAUGCACCUAGACCAUUUCAGGCUGUAAAACUGAUACAUGUAAAGAUGUCGACAGUGUGAGACAACCUCAACAUUUGAUCAUUUUGGUUAAUUCAGCUUCUACAGAAUUUUACAGAAAUAAUAUAAACAUUUACAGUUUUAUUUACAAACAUUGUGGCUAAAAUACUUUUUAAAUUCAACGAGACAACUCAACAGACAGGGAAACAAACAUUAAUGUAAUGGAGGCUUUGGGCAUGUACAUUUUUACAACCCAUUCAGGGCUCGAAAAACACUUUUUUACUUGGUGGCACUGGGAUUUGGGGCGCACCCACUGAAAAUUAAGGAGCACCACAAAAAAGUCAAAGUUAAACA